AUGCCACCUGUUGCCAAGCCCACACACGAGCACUAUCACAUGAUUGUCAUUGGCGGCGGUUCUGGCGCUAUGGGUGUUUCGCGCCGUGCCGCUGCCUAUGGCAAGAAGGUCUGCGUCAUCGAAGAAGAUGGUCGUCUCGGCGGUACUUGUGUCAACGUCGGUUGCGUUCCUAAGAAGCUCAUGUGGCACGCGGCUGAUAUGGCCGAGCACCUCAAGGAGGCACCCGAGUACGGUUUCGGUGAUGUCGUCAAUAAGCCCAAGGUGCCUGGCUUCGCGUGGCGGUACUUCGCUGAGAAGCGUGACGCCUACGUCCGCAGACUCAACGGAAUCUACGACCGUAACCUUGACAAGGACGGCGUCGAGUACUUCUCUGGUCACGGGAAGGUGACUGGCAAGAACGAGGUCGAGAUCACCAUGCGUGGUGAGGACGGUAGCUUCAACGCUGGUAGCUUCAAGGUCAAAGGUGACCGAAUCGUGAUUGCUACCGGUGGACGCCCUAUCAUCCCUUCGGACGACAAGAUUCCAGGAGCCUCGUUGGGUAUCAACUCGGACGGCUUCUUCGAGCUUCGUGAGCAGCCCAAGCGUGUUGUUGUCGUUGGUGCCGGCUACAUCUCUGUCGAACUUGCUGGUGUCUUCAACACUCUUGGAUCCGAGACCCACCUUCUCAUUCGUCACGACACCUUCCUCCGUCCCUUCGACCCCAUCAUCUCCGAGACCCUGCAAGACUACAUGUCUAAGACCGGCCUCAAUGUUCAUAAGCAGACCAACAUCACCAAGGUCGAAAGCACCAAGGGUGGUCCUCUCACCAUUCACACCGACAAGGGCGAGACCAUCGAAGCCGACUGUUUGCUCUGGGCUAUCGGUCGACGACCCAACACCGACAAUCUCGGUCUCGAGUCUGUCGGCGUAGAGCUCGACAAGGGAGGCAACAUCGUCGUUGACAAGUACCAGACCACCAGCGUCGACAACAUCUUUGCUAUCGGAGAUAUUCAGGGUAAAGCCUUGCUCACUCCUGUCGCUAUCGCUGCCGGUAGGAAGCUCUCGAAUCGCCUCUACGGUCAUCCAGACUUGCGAGAUGAUCACAUGGACUAUGAUAACGUCCCCACUGUCAUCUUCUCCCACCCUACUUCGGGUACGGUAGGUCUCUCAGAACCCGAAGCGAUCGAGAAAUUUGGCAAGGACAACGUCAAGAUUCACACCAGCAAGUUCGUUAGCAUGUACUACGGUAUGCUCGAACACAAGGCUCCUAGUGCAUUCAAAAUGGUCGUCGGUCCAGGAGACAAGGUUGUCGGAUUGCACAUUGUGGGUUUGGGAGCUGAUGAGAUGUUGCAAGGUUUCGCAGUAGCUGUGAAGAUGGGUGCAACAGUGAAGGACUUCCAAGAGACUUGCGCUAUUCACCCUACCAGUGCUGAGGAGGUGGUCACUAUGGUGCCAUCUAUCAAGAAGGCUUAA